AACACGCAUGAUUUACGCACGCUUCUUGAUGGACCACGAAAAAACUCCUCCGGCCAGCUUGUCGUCUUCAUUGCCUUCCGCUGCUUUAUUCGGGUGUUUUACAAGGUAAAGGUACUGUCCGGAAGGACAACAGCAAGAAGACGUAAGGAUGUAUUCUGGUAAAUCCGAAAUUCAGAUGCAGAAAUCCACUGCGCUCUUUGGAAUGGUCAAUAAUCAUCAAAACCCCAUAGCCACGGAGUUUUCCGGAAUGACCUUUGCCCUGUACAGCAGUAAAUCACAACGAUGUGCGAAAAACGCCGGGAAUGACAGCAGGGAUGCCGAGCUCAGGAGAAGUCCUCCCGACAGCGCCGGUCAGUUGCCAGACCGGAGCCCUUCGACACUUUCGGCCGGAGCCGAGCGGUUUGCUCUGUUUGACAAGCAGCCUGGACACCCGGCGCUGAAGCCUCAGCGCUUCCCCCGAGAGCCGACUCCAGCUAAUGGAGACUGCGGCUCUUACAUCUCGGGAAAGAAGGACUCUCCGGACCUGGUGGUGACUGAGGGAUCGCUGACGCGGACCCACCAAAACUCUGGUGCCCAGUCGGGGGGCCUGCCCACAGGGGGGCACUGUGACGGGACCACGCCGAGCCUCUGUCUACCAGCUGUGGAGCUCUCAGACACAAGGUCCUCCGGUUUUCGGGACCCUUUGACAUCGCCGGGCAUCGGCAACGACAGCGGCCACUGUUUAAAUGGAGCCGGACGCCUCCCCCAGCACAUUAAACAGGAAAGCCCCGGCUGCUACAAAGUGGCUUCGGGGGUCCUGACGAGCGCAGUCAGAGGGGAAGCCGGGGCGAGAGAGGGAUUGGCCAGGCUUCAGCAUCCCGAGAUAGAACUGGCCCACAAUAGAUUCGCCAGCUCGCUCUCGUCGUACGCGUUGAAUAAUGAAGCAGGCUCCUCCCAGGGCUCACUGUCCGCCGGCAGUUCCCGUCACUCCGCAAGGCUGCUCCACGCAGGCAACAUGAAGAGGCGAUGCCUCUCCGCCGCCCCGGCAGCCGCCGCGCCGGAGGGGAUCGAUAUCACGGCCAUCAUCUGCUCUUCCCAGAUGUCCCUGGUCGCCUGCGUCAACGGGCUGCGGACUAACCCCCCCGGCAUCUCCUCCUACCUCGCGGGAAGCCACAAGCCCCACAGCCCCCAGGCCUGCUCUCAGACGGAGGAGUGCUGCGGCCUACCGUCCCCCGGAGCCUGCCUGGUCCCUGGCAGCACGGCGGCGGCCGAGCGCGGCGCCUGCCGCCAGCAGCUGCCCGUGCAGCACCACCCUCCUCCGGUGCAGGUGCCCCCGCUGGAGCAGGCGGAGGGCUUCGGCUUCGGCGUGAACAAUAUGAUGCGCCACGGGCCGCUGGAGGGCUGUCAGAAAGCCAGCUCUCUGAAACAGGAGCCGGUGGAUGAGUUUUCGCAGGCUGAAGAGGGCCUCUUUCAUCGCCGCCACCACCACCACCACCACCACCACCACCAGCGGCAUCACAGCGUGCUGCCGCCCCCCUAUCACCUGCACCAGUACGUCAGCCAGAGCCAGGGGGCCUUGCUUCACCUACAGGGGCAGCCCCAGACGCUGCUGCCCCCCAAGCCCCUGUCCCAGCCCGCUCCACCCGCUAGCAGGGAGGAGGCAGCCCUUGGCGGCGGCGGUGGCGGCGGCGGGAGUGACAGGCAGGUGUGCCGGUGGAUCGACUGCAGCGCCACCUACGACCAGCAGGAGGAGCUGGUGAGGCACAUCGAGAAGGUGCACAUCGACCAGCGGAAGGGGGAGGACUUUACCUGCUUCUGGGCCGGCUGCAUCCGCCGCUACAAGCCCUUCAACGCCCGCUACAAACUGCUGAUCCACAUGCGGGUGCACUCCGGGGAGAAACCCAACAAGUGCAUGUUCGAAGGCUGCAACAAGGCAUUUUCACGGCUCGAGAACCUCAAGAUCCACCUGCGCAGUCACACAGGAGAAAAGCCGUAUCUCUGUCAGCAUCCUGGCUGCCAGAAAGCUUUCAGCAACUCCAGUGACCGGGCAAAGCACCAGCGCACACACCUGGACACUAAGCCAUACGCUUGUCAGAUUCCCGGCUGCACCAAACGCUACACGGACCCCAGUUCUCUCCGCAAGCACGUCAAAGCCCAUUCUGCCAAAGAGCAGCAGGUGCGUAAGAAGUUGCGAUCCUGUACCCACCUGGACCAGGAGGUUUUCAGUGAAUGUUUGGCAGUUCAACACCUCCACAAUGCAACCUCCUCCCAGCACCUUCUCAAUGGGAAAUGCUCCAGGCCCUCAAGCCUCAGCCAGGACAUGUUCACAGGCAUCUACACUGGCUCCAGUGCCUCCCAUAAUGGAUCCACAUCUGGGUUUCUUCCACCCACUCAUGACAUGUCCUCUCGGCAGCAGGCUCUUGAGGGAAAUAUUGGCAGCCCACACAAUCAUCUGUCACCUCUGUCUGCUGUGGAGAACACCAGAGAAGGGCUCGCCGCCACUCCUCUCCUCUCUCCAGGCCUGAGCCCGAUGAAGAGCGUAGCGCCACCCCCCACUCCGCUGGAGAAGCACAGCUCUUCGUCCUCACAGGCCCAGCUGCCCCAUGAUCAGCAGCUCCCUGUUCAACACAAACCCUACACCCACUUCCAUGACCCAGCGGCCCAUGAAGGUUAUCAAGGCAGCUUUCAGAGUUCCUUCCAUUACGGAGACAAUUACAGAAUGGAACAAUCUGUCAGUGACGUCCAUUUACCCGGGGACGCCCAGUGCUUUAAUCCUCAGCGACAGAAUGGGUAUCACAUGACCUCCUCCCACUCGUGCUCUGCAGGUUUCAGUAUGAUCCAGGAAAUGCCGGUCGGAAAUGGACAUGAUUUCCCCCCGAGCCCAGAGGAUAGCGUCUUUUUUCAAGUAGGCGGCUUUGACCGCUGUUUGAGUCAGAUUUCAUCGGUGUACACGGAGACAUGAGCGGUGGGAUCAGGGGUGAAGACCCUGCGGUUUAAACACGUAUUGUACAGACGAGCUUCCUGGUGUAAUUAAAUUAAUGUCACACAUUCUGCCAGUGUUGCUGUCCCCCUCCAUGCUUCACUGCUUCGUCUCUAAAUUCUCCACUGCAUUUUAAAUAUCUCUAUUUGGGGUCACUAUAUCCUGAAAUUCAGAAGGUGCUUUUUUUUUUUUUGUUGCCGUGAUGUUUUCUUAACGCAUUUUUUUUUAAAAACCAAAUGUUGUGCUGUUUCGUUCUCCGUUGCGGGUACUGUGCAUUUUGGCACAAUGGUUGGUGCACAGCCCAAGUAUAAUCGAAAGCCCUUUUAAAACAUUGUGGGGAAACUAAAGUCAGGUGGCCCGUUUGAAUAACAUGUGGUCCUAUUAAACAAUCUUGCAAAUACUCAAAGAUCAGUCCUGGCGUGUAUAAAAUGUACAGUUUGUUUAAAGCAGUUAUUCUAAAUUGUUCAUAUAUUUUCAAGUUUUUAAGAAAUAAAUGAUCAUGCAA